AAAGCUGGACAGGUUUCCUCCAAUCAGAGCUGAGUGUGUUUGUCAUGUGACUGAGAGGAAGGAGGAGAACUAAUGUGUGAUUCUCCCAGCAGGUUGUUGUGUUUGUCUGCUAUGCAUCAGUGUGAGGACAGAGAGGAGGGAGUCCCUCCCUCUAAAAGAUCUCUGUGUGGAGAAGAUGAGAACCAGAGCAAAGCUCAGAGCCCAGAGCAGCAGAACACACACUCUGCUGGACCUGGACCUGGACCUGGACCUGGACCUGGACCUGGACCUGGACCUGGACCUGGACCUGGACCUGGAUCCAGCUGUGUGUCCAUGAAGAGUGACAGGUCAAAGGAUAUUCCUCCUGAAUUCAGACGAUUGGCAAAUGAAAGGAUCCAGGAGCAGAGACCAGACUGUCCUGAACCCAGCUGUCUGUCCUUCAAGAGUGACCAGUCGAAGGAUGAUGUCAUUUACUUUAAAGACGUCCGUCCAUCUGCUGAUCAGAUAGUGGAGCAGCAGAACUCAGAGGUUCCCAGAGCUCAGUCUGUCCAGCAGCAUCACCUGAACUCCAUAUUCAUGCUGCUGGAGGACAACAUGGUGACUUUUGUGAAGAAGGAGCUGAAGAAGAUGCAGAAGGUUGUGAGUCCAGAUUACCCAGAAUGCUCAGAGAGUCAGAGGGAGGAUGAGGAGAAGUUGGAGGGUGAUGAUGAAGAUGAGAGGAGCAGCAGAGAGAUGUUUGAGCAGAUGACAGUGUUGUUCCUGAGGAGGAUGAAGCAGGAGAAGCUGGCUGACUGUCUGCAGAGCAAACUUGCUGCAGUUUGUGGACGUAAACUUAAACGUGGUCUGAAGAAGAAGUUCCAGAGAGUGUUUGAGGGCAUCGCUAAAGCAGGACAGCCGACCCUCCUGAAUGAGAUCUACACAGAGCUGUACAUCACAGAGGGAGGGACUGCAGAGGUCAAUGAUGAACAUGAGGUCAGACAGAUUGAAGCAGCAUCCAGGAAAGCAGACAGAGCAGAAAGAAGCAUCAGAGCAGAAGACAUCUUUAGAGGCUCACCUGGAAGAGAUGGACCAAUCAGAACAGUGAUGACACAGGGAGUGGCUGGCAUCGGGAAAACGGUGUUAACACAGAAGUUGACUCUGGACUGGGCUGAAGACAAAAGCAACCAGGACAUCCACUUCAUGUUUCCAUUGACUUUCAGAGAGCUGAAUGUGCUGAAAGAGAGAAAGUUAAGCUUGGUGGAACUUGUUCAUCACUUCUUCAGUGAAACCAAAGCAGCAGGAAUGUGCAGGUUUGAAGACUUCCAGGUUGUGUUGAUCUUUGACGGUCUGGAUGAGUGUCGCCUUCCUCUGGACUUCCACAACAAUGAGGUCCUGACUGAUGUUACAGAGUCCACCUCAGUGGAUGUGCUGCUGACAAACCUGAUCAGGGGGAAUCUGCUUCCCUCUGCUCGCCUCUGGAUAACCACACGACCUGCAGCAGCCAAUCAGAUCCCUCCUGACUGUGUGGACAUGGUGACGGAGGUCAGAGGGUUCACCGACCCACAGAAGGAGGAGUACUUCAGGAAGAGAUCCAGAGAUGAGGAGCAGGCCAGCAGCAUCAUCUCCCACAUGAAGACAUCACGAAGCCUCCACAUCAUGUGCCACAUCCCAGUGUUCUGCUGGAUCACUGCUACAGUUCUGGAGGAGCUGCUGAGAAGCAGAGAGGGAGGAGAUCUGCCCACAACACUGACUGAGAUGUUCAUCCACCACUUGGUAGUUAAGACCAAAGUCAAGAAGAUCAAGUAUGAUGGAGGAGCUGAGACAGAUCCACACUGGAGUCCAGACAGCAGGAGGAUGAUUGAGUCUCUGGGAAAACUGGCUUUUGAGCAGCUGCAGAAAGGAAACCUGAUCUUCUAUGAGUCCGACCUGACAGAGUGUGGCAUCGAUAUGGAAGCAGCCUCAAAGUACUCAGGAGUGUUCACACAGAUCUUUAAAGAGGAGAGAGGGCUGUACCAGGACAAGGUGUUCUGCUUCGUCCAUCUGAGCGUUCAGGAGUUUCUGGCUGCAGUCUACAUGUUCCACUGUUACACCAACAGGAAGGAGAAGGUUGUGGAGGACUUCCUGGGAAAAGGCUGGAAAGAUGAGAACAGAGACACUCUGGAUGUGUUCCUGAAGGGAGUCAUGGAGAAAUCCCUGAGAAGUAAAAAUGGUCACCUGGACCUGUUUGUUCGCUUCCUUCAUGGCCUCUGUCUGGAGUCCAACCAGAGACUCUUAGGAGGUCUGCUGGGUCGGACAGAGAACCGUCCAGAAAUUAUCCAGAGACUCUUAGGAGGUCUGCUGGGUCGGACAGAGAACCAUCCAGAAAUGAUCCAGAGAGUCAUCAACAACCUGAAGGAGAUGAAGAGUGAUGAAAUGUCUCCAGACAGAAGCAUCAACAUCUUCCACUGUCUGAUGGAGAUGAAGGAUCUCUCAGUACAUCAGGAGAUCCAAGAGUUUCUGCAGUCAGAGAACAGAUCAGAGAAGGAACUCUCUGAGAUCCACUGCUCAGCUCUGGCCUACAUGCUGCAGAUGUCAGAGGAGGUUCUGGAUGAGUUGAACCUGAACAACUACACAACAUCAGAUGAGGGAAAACUGAGACUGAUUCCAGCUGUGAGGAACUGCAGAAAGUUUCAACUUUCUGGCUGGUUGGGACUCUCAGAGAGUGACUGUGAAGUCGUGGCCUCAGCUCUGAAGUCCAACCCCUCCCAUCUGAUAGAUCUGGACCUGAGCUACAACAGCCUGCAGGAUUCCGGAGUGAAACGUCUUUGUGAUGGACUGCAGAGUCCAAACUGUAAACUGGAGACUCUCAGAUUGGAGGCCUGCAGUUUGUCAGAGAUCAGCUGUGAUUCUCUGGUCUCAGCUCUGAAGUCCAACCCCUCCCAUCUGGAACAUCUGGACCUGAGCUACAACGAAGACCUUCAGGAUUCAGGAGUGAAACAUCUGAGUGGUUUUUUGGAGAGUCCAGACUGCAUCCUGAAGACUCUGAGGUUGAGGGACUGCAGUUUGUCAGAGAUCAGCUGUGAUUCUCUGGUCUCAGCUCUGAAGUCCAACCCCUCCCAUCUGGAACAUCUGGACCUGAGCAGGAACAACCUGAAGGAUUCAUCAGUGAAACAUCUGUUAGAUCUUGUGGAGAGUCCAGACUGCAUCCUGAAGACUCUGAGAUUGGAGCACUGCAGUUUGUCAGAGAUCAGCUGUGAUUCUCUGGUCUCAGCUCUGAAGUCCAACCCCUCACAUCUGGAACAUCUGGACCUGAGCUACAACAACCUGCAGGAUUCAGGAGUGAAACAUCUGAGUGGUUUUGUGGAGAGUCCAGACUGCAUCCUGAAGACUCUGAUAUUGUUUCAAUGCAGUUUGUCAGAGAUCAGUUGUGAUUCUCUGAUCUCAGCUCUGAAGUCCAACCCCUCACAUCUGGAACAUCUGGACCUGAGCUGGAAUGACCUUCUGGAUUCAGGAGUGAAACAUCUGAGUGGUUUUGUGGAGAGUCCAGACUGCAUCCUGAAGACUCUGAGUUUGUGGAACUGCAGUUUGUCAGAGAUCAGCUGUGAUUCUCUGGUCUCAGCUCUGAAGUCCAACCCCUCCCAUCUGGAACAUCUGGACCUGAGCUUCAACAACCUGCAGGAUUCAUCAGUGAAACAUCUGUUAGAUCUUGUGGAGAGUCCAGACUGCAUCCUGAAGACUCUGAGCUGGCAGUGAUGCUGAUCAGGACGGUGUUUGUGCUGAGAGGAUGAAGUGUGUCCUGAUGAUCCAGAGGUUGAAGCAGCAGCAGCAGCUGGUGUGUAGAGACUCUGACUGGACCAUGUUACUGGGAGGUGGACUGGGAACCAGUAUGAAGUCUGUUGUUCCUGUAUAGUUUAGUGUUGCAGCUCCACACUGUGAAUGAUGGAGAACUGCAGUUAAUGUUGACUUGAUCCGUUGGAGGUUGAUGACAGGUUGCAGAGUGUGCAGGAAGUUUCAGGAUGUUUUCCACUCUGACUGAUAUCUGCCCACUUGGAGCCUCAAUUCCAGGUUUUCAGCCCUUGGUCUGUUUGUGGGAAUGUUCCAGCGUUAUCUUUUAGUUUUGUCCUCACAUUAGCAUGACGUCAUGGUUGGUAAUGAUUCAAUCUGACCUUUAUUAACACAGAACUCUGAAACACAUCCUGACUCGCUUGUAAAUAACACUCAGGGCCUUCAGGUGUUUAAAGGGGAACUUCUUUUUUUUUUUUAAACCCUAACCCUUCCUACUGUGAAACUACCAAUAAACUAUUGGAGUCUUGCACCUUAAAAUUUUUAGAUAUUGUUGACUUAAAAACAUUACAAAUACUAUGUUGAGUAAAGAAUAAAAGCAUUUCCACCUGUAUUCAACAAUUUUUUUAAGAGAAAAAAUAUAUAAUUUCAGAGGGCUGGGUGUCUUUGAAAGUGGUAAUGUGAGAACUAAUGUUAAUACAGAUGUGUUUGUAUUCGGGGGUUAUUUUAUGGAAUGGACUUAAUGAUGAGUUGAACUGUGUAGAUCUCUGAUGAGUUUAAAAAAACAUUGAAAAACAAAAUAAUUAUGGAUUACAAUGUAACAUGACUGAUAUGUAAAAUGAUUAAGAAUAAUUUAGUGUAAAGUCUUGUUUUAUUUUUUCUCUUUGUCUUUUAUUUCUCGUAUUACUGAUAUUCUGGGUGAUUUUAUGGAUUGUACAGGAUAGGCAAAAUAGGCCUCGGCUUCAGCCUGUUCCUUUUUCGGUUAAAGAGCUUGUAAAAUUCUUUUCUUUUUUUCUUUUUUGUGAGAAGAGGAUGGGAAAGAGAAAAGAAGAAAGAGAUAAAAAGGAAAGGAAAAGAAAAAAUGUUUACUGUAAAAAUGUAUAAUAAUUAUUUUCUAGCUGAAUGCACAAAAUGAAAUUGUUGUACUGUAACUGAAAUAAACCAUUCAUCAGAUCA